GGAAAGCUUACGGCUUGCAAUCCUCCAAGAUAAGACAUCCAAACCCAGUGAUAAAUUUCAAAUUGUCAAAGGUAUCACAAUGAGUAGAGCUCAGGUGUCAUUGAUAGUUCGAUGUCAGCUGUGGGGAUGUCAGUUGUAGAGAUAUCUACCCUUCGGGACCCAUGAAAUCUAAUCUGUGUAUCCCUGGUGGAAGGGCAAUUGGCCAAUGGGUAGCUUUACUUCUAAUUCUCGAGGUGGAAUGAGAUUAAAGAAAAAAAAAUGAUAUUAUUAUGGCUUGGAAUAGUAUAAGUGAAUUCAGAUUCCCAUAGAUGUCAUGGGAAAUUUCCUCUAUGUUUAAUCUUGUGUCGUUUCAUCGUUCUCUAUACACUUGACCUCCUUUCCGAGUGCAGCAUCUUUAGCACCUGUUCGGAUUAUAUUCGCCCGAGCGGAGGACGAACAGAGUUCUUGAAAGUUGGUACUAAGAUGGCAGAUCUAUCUCAGCACAUUCAGUUCAGAGAUGAAAUCAAGCCUGUGAGGUCAAACAGAUCAAAUGGGCUGGCAUUUGGAGAUGUUUUGGCAGAAUCGAAAGUGUCUCAGAUGGCAUCUAGUUACGACUUUGAGGAGAAGGCAUUAGAGAUUGCCAAUGAAGAUUUGAACAAGAAGAAGAAACAGACAUAUACAGGAUGGAUGCUUAUGUGGCUGGCAUAUCAAAGUACUGGAGUUAUUUACGGAGAUAUAGGCACAAGUCCCUUAUAUGUUUACUCUUCCACUUUUACAAGUCACCCUUCAUACGAAGAUCUCGUGGGCGCACUAUCUAUAAUAAUCUGGACCCUCACACUUAUGGUUUCGGUCAAAUAUGUUUUCAUCGUAUUGUCCGCGGAUGAUGAUGGAGAAGGGGGCACAUUCGCUCUAUACAGUUUACUAGCCCGUUAUGCACAUAUCGUUCGAUCAGACCCGAAUAUUUCAGGAAUGGUCAAGAUGGAACGUCAUCAAACCAACGAUUUGAAACCUUCGAAUAAAAAUGUACGAACGUUCAUCGAGGGAUCCGCAGUUGCUAGGGUGGUUCUAAAGUUCUUGGGUGUUUUAGGUGUUAGUAUGGUUAUGUCGGAUGGAAUUUUAACACCCGCUCAAUCUGUACUUGGGGCUAUUCAAGGAAUUGAAGUUGCACAGCCAGACAUCAGCACUAGUACAAUCGUCGGCACAACUUGCGCUAUUCUCGUCGUACUAUUUGCCAUUCAACCUUUCGGGACUUCAAAAAUUGCAACUACAUUUGCGCCGAUAGUUAUGAUUUGGUUAUUGUUCAACAUGUGCACUGGCAUCUACAACUUAACUCAGUACGAUCACAGCGUUCUCAAAGCGUUUUCUCCUUAUUUUGCCGGACGAUACUUCAUGCGAAACAAAGAGGAAGGAUGGAAAUCAUUAGGCGGACUCUUACUCGCUUUCACCGGAGUAGAAGCACUCUUUGCAGAUUUGGGUGCUUUCAGUAAAAGAGCCGUUCAAAUUUCUUGGCUAGGCUUUACUUAUCCUUGCUUGUUAUUGGCAUAUAUUGGGCAAGCCGCAUACAUUUCUCAAGAUGCCACAAAAACCGCUUACACGAAUCCUUUCUUCAAUAGUGUUCCGCCAGGGACAUUCUAUUUCGCUCUUGUCAUCGCAAUUUUAGCCGCUAUUGUUGCUUCACAAGCUAUGAUCACAGCUAGUUUCCAAUUGCUAUCACAGGUCAUGAGAUUGUCUUACUUUCCACACAUCAAAACCGUUCAUACUUCAAAGCUAUUUCACGGGCAAGUGUAUAUGCCAUUAGCAAACUGGCUUCUUAUGAUUGGUACAGUCGUGGUGACAACAGCAUACAGUAACACAACUCGUCUCGGAAAUGCCUACGGUGUUUGCGUAAUCUUCGUAACCUUUAUAACAACCUGCAUGGUCUCCCUCGUCGCCAUAAUCAUCUGGCGUAUAAACGUCCUCAUAGUCCUCAUAUUCUUCCUCGUCUUCGCCGCCCUCGACGGCGUCUACCUCUCAGCAGCCCUCAUCAAAGUUCCCACCGGCGCAUGGUUCACCCUUCUCCUCGCCUUCAUCCUCUCCUGCAUCUUCGUACUCUGGCGCUACGGAAAAGAACAACAAUGGACCUCGGAAGCCCAAGACCGCAUUCGCCCCUCCGAAUUCAUAACCACCGAGCUCCACUCCGGUACCCCUACAUCUUGGCUCACUGCAGCAUAUGGUUCCCACCCCAUCACUACCGUUCCAAGCGUCGGUAUCUUCUUCGACAAAAUCGGCGAUCAGCUCCCCAUCGUCUUUACUCAAUUCGUCCGCAAAUUCUGCGCAACCCCUGAAAUCAUCAUCUUUCUACACAUGCGUCCGCUUUCCAUCCCCCACGUCCCAGACGAGGAACGCUACGUCGUGCAGCGAACUUCCAUCCCCGGAUGUUAUCGAAUCACCAUUCGUCACGGCUACACCGACGAUAUCAUCACGCCAUCCAUCGGCGCAACCCUAAUUUCCCAACUCACACUCUUUAUCACUCGCGAUCCGGGGACUUUUUCGGGCCUGCAGAGGAGUUUAGUUUCUCCUGCUCCAUCGACCCCACAAUCUCAAUCUCCAUCUCCAAAUUCAAAUUCAAAUCACACUUCCCCAGCGACGAGUAUACUGCACACACCAGAAAUCCAGCGAGAAUUAGACGGGAUAAACAGCGCAGCCGCGAAUCAAAUCGUCUACGUAUUAGGCAAAGAGCAGAUGAAGAUUCGCGAGGGGGGCGGCGUGCAGAAUUGGAUCCGACGAGCUGUACUAUGGAUCUUCUUGUGGAUUCGCGAUAAUAGUCGGGGGAAGAUGGCGGAUUUAGAUUUGCCAGUAGAGGGAUUGGUCGAGGUAGGUUUCGUAAAGGUUAUCUAGAAUUCGUAGAGUACGAGAUAUGAGAUAUGAGAUAUGAGAUGCAUAAUAAAUAUAUCCUUUCUUCUCUUUGUCUCUGUUCUUGCA